GUCAAACACGCGUUGUAAGUCGCGAUAACCUAAAAUGUCCCGUCAAACGGCGCACGAAAUAGGUUCAAAACCCCGUACAACCGACAUAGAAAUUCAAGAAGAUGUCACAUUUUUCCAGAUGGGUGUUAGUCAACGCGUCUUGGACGGGCUUACAAACGCCGGUUUUCAGAAACCGUCACCGAUCCAACUUAAAGCUAUUCCGCUUGGUCGUUGUGGAUUUGAUUUAAUUGUACGAGCAAAAUCCGGAACUGGUAAGACGGCUGUGUUCGGCAUAAUUGCCUUGGAAAUGCUCGACAUGUCUGUAAAAGGUGUGCAAGUCCUGAUUCUUGCACCUACCAGAGAAAUAGCUCUGCAAGUGGCUGGAGUAAUAACGUCCAUUGGCUCGGAGUUCGAGGGAUUAAAGGUCGAAAGUUUUAUCGGUGGAAUAUCGAUUGAAGACGAUCGUAAGAAGGCCAACAAUUGUCAUGUGGCGGUCGGCGCUCCAGGGAGAGUGAAACAUUUGAUUGACAAGGGAAUUCUCAACGUGAACAGUAUCAGGUUAUUCGUCCUUGACGAAGCAGACAAGCUGAUGGAAGUUAGCUUCCAAAAAGAUAUAAAUUACAUAUUUUCGAAACUACCGGUCAACAAGCAAGUCAUAUCGUCUAGUGCCACUUAUCCUGGAGAUCUCGAGUCCUUUCUAGGAAGAUACAUGCGUUCUCCCAUUCUUACAUCUCCAAACAGUGACGGUCCUGUGUUGAUUGGUCUGCGACAAUUCGUAGCGGUAGUUCAACAGCACCCGAACGCUAUGAGACAGGUUCAAAUAAAGGUGAACGAACUUGCCAGAAUAUUUUCCAAAAUACCAUUCAAGCAAAGCAUCGUUUUCUCGAACUAUCAAUCUAGAGCUCAGUCAGUCUGCAACAAACUCAACACGAUGGGUUUCUCUGCUAUAUACAUAGUCGGCAACCAAGAGAUGCGCAAACGUAUCGAAGGGUUCAAAAAGCUUAAGGACUUUAAGUGUAGGAUAAUGGUGACGACCGAUCUCACAGCACGAGGCAUAGAUGCCGAGAACGUCAACCUUAUUGUCAAUUUGGAUGUUCCGCUAGACGGAGCAACUUACUUGCACAGAAUUGGCAGGGCCGGAAGGUACGGAUCCCACGGUAUUGCGAUAACGAUCAUCGCCAACAACGAACUCGACAACUUCAGGGAACUGAUCGGCUCUGUUGGCGGAGCAGGAUUCCAAGUCCUCAAACUACCCCAAAAUUAUCCAGAAGACAUUUGGAUGGAAAACGACUCGAGAUUCGAAAAAAUGUCGGCAAAAACUGAUAACGAUUGCGAGGAUGGCGAAAUACCCGCUGAAAAUGUUCUUUGUUCUCCAAAUGGAGCUCCUUUUGUCACGAUUGAAGAGACGUCGAAAUGCAAUUCUAGGUUUAGUCAGCAAACGGAGAUUGAAUUUGAUAUAAAUAUGAGCCCAACUCCUGAAAAUGUCAGCGCAAAAAUUUCUGAAGGCACUAAAAUUGCGAGGAAAACGAAUUCUGAAAUGGAAAACUGUCAGUACGAGACGAAGAAUGUUCGCGUCUCGUCGUGUAGUCGCAUUGACACAGAAUCAUACAAUUUUGAACCAAAGUGCGUAGAGAGUAAGAUUAAAUUGGAAUCUUUAUUUAGCGACGAGGAUGAUGUAUUUUCCACUAAACAGAUCCCUUCGAAAUCGAUAAAAUGUACAAAAGAUCAGCGUGAGCGAGUUUUAAAUGACAGAGUGCAUAAAUUCACGGUGAAAUCGGAUAACAAAAAACGUUCGACGUUGCUAGAGUUGAAUAAAAAUACGAAGUUUGAAUUGAAUCUGUCAAAUUUGUCCGAUAACGACGACGACUGCAGUGCGGCACAAGAAGCAAUUGCAAAAUACACGGCAACAGGGCCACGCAGAGCAUGUUCUACAAUCAGCAAAGCUGAGCAGAAAAAGCAAAGCGAAUUUGACAGCGAACCUAAAAGUCUAAAGACAUUUGACGCGGAAAAUAUGAUCAAGUCGCUGGAAACAAGUUUAGAAGAAUUGUCGGCACGAGAUCUAAAUGAUGACAGUGUUCCAAAGCUGAAGGAUAUUGUUAGCGACUUGAAGAAACUGAAUUUUGACAACACUUCAAAUUCCAGCAACGCAAAGCUGACGCGAAACGAGCUGAUGCAAUGGAAGGGACAGAUCAAUAUCGAGAUUGGUUGCCUGAAGUCUUUGACAGAGGUUCCGGCAUAUCGUGUGAGCCACACUUGGCAUCGAUUGUUGUAUGAAAAUCGCCAUUCGGCCAAGUUGACGUUCCUAGAGAUGCAGAAAAAGACGCUUCUGUGCAUGUAUCCGGAUAUUCAAAGUGACCUAGACGACUGUCCACCAGUGAGAAUCGAGAUAUUCCGGGAAGUCGACGAGUUCAGGAGGAAACAUCCCGUCAUCAGGUCAAAACUUGAUACCUACUUUCCCUAUCCAACGAACAUCGAGGCGCCGCUGCCGAUGCUCGUCUUUUCCAAAAUGGAUAUUGAGAGAUAUCGCGAGGCUGUGAAAUGCUUGCGAUCGAAUUCUCAGCACGAGACUGUAGCGCUGAAAAAAAUCAGAAUUGCGACAGCUUUCAUGAGUGAAAAGGACAGAUACGAGUUGGAAUUGAAACGUCUUGUUCGCGGCAAAAUGUCUUAUUCGCAGCUGGUAUCUUUCGUCGAGCAGCAAAAAAUUGAAAAACAAAACAGCAAUGAGAUUCUGGAAGAAAGAGUCACGGGCAGAGUUUCGGAGCGUAAAAAAUUUUUGAGAUUCUCAAAGGAACGGCUCAAAUCGUUUUAUCGAGACUACGAUUCUAUGAGCAAAUCGUUAAACAAUCUGACCGAUUCGAUUUUCGAGAAAUCACAGUACGAUUCAAACGAUUCCGAUUCCGAUUCCGACUCGACGGACUUGCAAGAUGACCAAUGUGAAAUAAGUUAUCAGGUUGAAGAAUCAUCAACCGAAAUUUAUUCCAGGUUGAGGGAAAAUUUGUGGUUCCUGAUAAGCAGAGAGUAUUUGGAAUGCCUCAAAGCAUAUCGUCAAAUGGAAUUCGAAGUUGCGCAACUCGACGAUGUUCAUGCGAUGAACGAAGACGAAUUCUGCGCUUUGAUCGAAUCUUAUUGGCAGCUAGAAUCUUCGAGGAUUUCGGGUAUAUCUUUUCCUAAAGCGAGAGAAUCCGACAAACUGUCCUCGAAAUUAAAAACCCUCGAAUCCGCAUUUGAUGAAGAGAAAUUCUCGUCGCGAUUCAGCGACGAAAAGCGCAGCUGCAUGGAGGAAUGUGUCAAAUACCUGAUACAUGUCGAUCCAAUUGAACUGUGUGCCCGAAGGUUUGAGAGAAUACUUGGCCUGAUUGACGAUCCGCGUUUUUCCGAGAUACGUGAAACUGCGUUAGCCAAAGUUGCUGAAAAACGGAAUUCAGACUCGAUUACCAGUUACGACGAAUUUUUAUCCGUCUUUGAAUCCCGGGAAAAUUUCGACAGGCUGCGGGGAACGAAUUUGAGGAACAUUGAUUAUAUGGCGUUUUUUAAAUUUCUGGAUGAUGCGGAGGAAGAAUCGACUGUGAGCGAAGCUGAAAAAGCGACAGAAUCCUUCGUAAAGCUCGAGGAAAAUGAUUGUCAAGAAUCAGACGGUGACGUUACAGAUUCGUCAUCCGAUACGUCGGAGUCAGUGGAGUUGAAUGACUGGCCAGAAGCGAGAGUAAACAACGAUAGCUUCAAUUUGGAAAAAAAAUCAUCUCCGAAUCUUUCAGUGCGCCAGAAAUCGAAAUUCGUACCCAUUCAAACAAACAACUUCGUGUACAACGAUCAACCGCUAAGUUUCAAACAGCAAUGUUCGAUUGUCAAUGAAAAUAACUCGCAAAAUGAUCGUGAACAUGCAAAAUAUUCGUCCAGUUAUAUCGACGAGAGUAGUUUUUUGUCUGACCGGGACGAAUGUGAACCAACAAAUGAAAUGGAAGAGCUUGACAAGUGGUUCGAGGAACUCAGGCAUCAAACGAAUCGAUUACAGAUGGAAGAAUACCUCAAAGGAAUGAUGAAGUAUUACGUCGACCAUUGAAUCACUGUCGUUGCCGAUUGAUCAGUUAACGAAUAUC